CCCAUUAUGACCUCUCAAAUUAUCCAAGAAAGAGUCAAAGUCAAAGAUGAGGCGAAGCAAAGAAUCGAAGAAGAAAACUCGCCCCUCCUCACCGCUCAGGGACCGAACUGGUUCUCCAACAAGUCUCGAAUCGAGGCCUUAUGGCUCUCACCCAUCAAGCCUCAGCCCCUCUGCAUCCCUUCUCGACCGGGACCUCGUCACCGGCGAAUCCAGUCUCCUUGGAGACCUAAAAUUCUCUCCAGAUGACUCAGUUUCCAACUACAAUCCCCGGAGCUUUCCUCAUAGUGUGAAGCAGCAAUGUUGGGAUAAGGCCGAGAAGAUUAAAGGAAGAGACCCAGAUCGGUGGCGACGAGAUGCUCUUGGUAACACUGUUUUUCGAAAGCUUGUUGGCUGCCCCGGUUGUCUCUGUCAUGACUAUGAUCACAUUUUGCCUUACUCUAAGGGAGGAAAAAGCACACUGGAAAAUUGUCAGGUCUUGCAGGCAACUGUGAAUCGAUCGAAGGGAAAUCGGACUGAAAUUUCAAGGGCAGAACUAAUACAGAAAAGCUCUUACUGCCGGGUUUCAGGUCGAGACAUGGAUCUUCUUGAACUAUCUGCCUAUGGCAAUGUACAUCGUGGACAAGACUCAGGAGGCUGUAGAAUUCAAUGACUAAUUGAGUUGAUGAUAUUAUAACCUUUUGUAAGAAUUGAUUCCAGGGUAAGACAUGGAAACUUAACAAAAAAGAAACGAAAAGAUUGAAAUGAAAAAAGUAGGGAAUUUUUCCCAUGCCCUUAUUUCAUUCCUUUAUAGACCAACAAGUACGUGUAAUUCGAACAAGCUCAUUGGUUGCAUACUUUAUGCCUUAAUGUCUGAUCUGA